CGGGCCGCUGCUUCCAAUCGGAGGCGCCCGGCGCUGGGGGCGGCCAACCCGGUGCUCCAGUGGGCGGGGCGAGCGGGCCAAGUCGAUUUGGCGGUUCGACUUCAACAUGGCCGAAGCGGGCAACGUCAGUGUAGACGGCUGCUGUGAGGUAGAGGUUCCCGAGGCUUCAUCCUCGGGAUCGGUGCCCGCCAGCCCAGCCCUUUCGAGGGUGAAGCUCCUGGACACCAUGGUGGACACUUUCCUCCAGAAGCUGGUCGCCGCCGGGAGCUACCAGCGGUUCACCGAGUGCUUCAAGUGCUUCUCACAGCUGCAGUCGGAGAUGUCACAGCGAAUCUAUGACAAGUUUGUGACCCAGUUGCAGACGUCGAUUCUGGAGGAAAUUGCAGAAAUCAAGGCCGAGGGCAACCUGGAAGCUGUGUUGAACGCCCUGGAUGCACUUGUGGAGGAGGGCAAAGACCGCCAGGAGCCAGCCUGGCGCCCCAGCGGGGACCCGGAGAAGGAUCUGCGCAGCCCCCUGCUGCCUUACUUCCUGCAGCAGCGGGACACCCUGCGGCGCCGUGUGCAGAGGCAGGAGGCUGAGAACCGGCAGCUGGCGGAGCAGGUGCUGAACGGGCGCAGGCAGGUGGAAGAGCUGCAGCUGCAGUGCAGGGCGCGGUGGCAGGCCUGGCAGGCUCUACACAGGGAGCAGAAGGAGCUGCUGGCUGUGCUGCGGGAGCCUGAGUAGGGAAUCGGCCGAGCAGAAGCUUCAAGGUAGAGCCAGUGGCCAUGCACGGCCUGGACACGCGGCCUGACAAACUGGGUGAUAGCGAGGCCACAGCGUCACGGACACAGAGGGUUGACCCGAGGCCACAGAGGUUCCCACUGCCCUGUACUCUGGGGCCCUUGGCCGUGCACCGAGCCCACCCGGUUGCCAGCUCCCCGGGGAGCUGGGCCCAGCCCCUCCCCACGGGGACUGGGUUCUGUGCUGGGCUGGAGCCCCCGUUCCACCCUCCCCCACGUGGGGAGCCUGGUUUCAAUCUCCUCUGAUUGCCCCCUUGCUCGCCAGCCCCGGGCCUGCCUGGCUAUCCCACAUCUGUAAAUAAACUUCCUCCUACACUGUAAUCUGUGCAGGCGCUUCCUCCGCUGCCUCUCUGCUUCCGGCCACCCAACCCCUGUCCGCCCCAACUCCCUCUGCCCACUGCCCUAGGGCAACCCCAGGAAUGCCCUGGGGCAAAGGGGCAGGGCUGGUGGGGCCAUACCAGUACGGAUUUGAGUCUGGGGGCACUCAGAGGAUGUCGGGGCAGCUCCUCCAGGGAGCCAGUCGGAGUUUGGCGCCCUGCAGAAGGCACUGUGUAGAAGCUGAGCCGGGGCAGGGUGGGCUUAAGAGGACAAGCCCCCGGGGCUGGAGCAAUAGCACAGCGGGUAGGGCGUUUGCCUUGCACGCGGCCAACCCGGGUUCGAUUCCCAGCAUCCCAUAUGGUCCCCUGAGCACCGCCAGGAGUAAUUCCUGAGUGCAGAGCCAGGAGUGACCCCUGUGCAUUGCCGGGUGUGACCCAAAAAGCAAAAAAAAAAAAAAAGAGGACAAGCCCCCCCGCCCAAGUGCACACCAGAGAGUGGGCACCCUGGAGCCGGAGGCCUGCCAACACCCCUCCCUCCCGGCCUCUUCUCCCAAGGGUGAGCCUGGCACUGCCACCACAGCUGCAGAUCAGAGCCUGGGCCCAGCCUCGGGCUGGUCCUGCAGGUGCCCUCAGGAGACUGGCUGGGCUGGGGGUGGGGAAGGGGCCCGGGGCAGGGCCCAGCCAUGUAAUUGCAGCCCCCUUCCGCCCCCGCUCCCAGGGGCCUGCCCACCCGCCACAGCUUCAAGCCGCAACAUCCUUUGGGGUUUGGCCUACAAAGCUAGGGCGGAUGACCCCCAAAUAGCCUUGGCGUAGUCCCUGUGACCCGCCUGCACUGUGGCCUGGCGCCCCCUCCCUGGGCACAGCCCCGA